AUGGCUUGUGCAAGGAGGCCUAUGGAAGUGAACGGAUUGCCUGAAGAGAUGAUUCUGGUUGAUUGGGUUUUCGAGAAAUGGAGACAAGGAACGAUUCUCGAGACGUGUGAUCCUAAAUUGGGAGGGGAUUAUGUGUUGGAGGAAAUGGAAUUGGUUUUGAAGCUUGGUCUUAUUUGCUCUCACUCUAAUCCGGCGGCUAGGCCUAGCAUGAGGCAAGUGAUGCAGUUUUUGGAUGGGGAUGCAAUUUUGCCUGAUAUACUUAUUGACAGUGCAGGAGUUGGGAUGGUUGUAAUGGGCAGUGAAGCUCCUAAUUCAUUUGAAUUGUCAUCGUAUGGGAAGAUUUCUGUUCAAUCGAUAUACCUGGAUACUGCCUUAAUAGCUCUCAAGUUGUAG